AUGGAGGAGGUGGAGCGUGAUUUUCUUUAAUUGCUGCUUGUUGCUCCGGCCGCCCAGAGUUGCUCACUUGUGGGUGUGCUUGCAGCAUAUAGCAUCACGUUCGAUUGUGUGUCCAGAAUUCAGCAUAGCAAGUUUGCAUGAAGGUCUGAUUAUUUAAUGGGUAAAUAGUUGAAUAGAUUCUCCAUUUAAUGAAUUUAUUCCCAGGUAAAUAGUAAUAUGCUCUAAACCGCUCUGGUGACAAACAAACUUUGGAAACAGGGCAGCAAUCGUCCACAUGGGGGGACCGAUUGGCGCAGCGGUCUAAAGGCAGUGCAAGAGGCGUCACUACAGACCCAGGUUCGAUCCCGGGCUGUGUCACAACCGGCCGUGAUCGGGAGUCCCAUAGGGUGGUGCACAAUUGGCCCAGCGUCGUCUGGGUUAGGGGAGGGUUUGGCCGGGGUAGGCCGUGAUUGUAAAUAAUAAUUUGUUUCUACACUGACUUGCCUGGUUAAAUAAAAUAAAAACAUGGCUGGGAGAACCUAUUAAAGUAAGUAAAUAGUGUAACUCCAAAUGCAUUUGUAGGUAGGUAGGUAGCUAACAGCCAUGGGGCUGCUAUCCUUUCACCCUCCUCCAUCUGUCAAAGUGAGAGAGUAGGCUAUUCUGGAUAGGGCAGGUACUUUUGGUGUAGUUCCAGUCCCUAGAAGUGAGGAAGGAGAUCAUAGUAACAUAAUAUUCAGUGCUGUCUAAUUUGAGUAUAAUGAAGUCUGUUUCUUGUGAUGUUUUCUGUCCUUAGAUACAGAGACCAGUGAAAGCCUGUCUGCAGAUGAAGAGGUCCCAAUGGAGAGCAGUGGUUCUCAGUCCUGGUCCUGGGGACUCAAAGGGGUGCACAUUUUUGUUUUUGCCUUAGCACUGCACAGCUGAUUGAAAUGAUCAACUCAUCAUCAAGCUUCCAGUGGUAUUUAUGUAUUAAUUUGUGAUGCUAUCCUUGAUAUGAUCCUGCUGUUGUCACAUGCUACACAUGCACAUGUGUGUGCACAUGCAUCUAUCUAGCCAAUGUUAUCAUGAUUUGUUAAAAUAGAUAUUAUACUUUAGUCAUCCACAAUGACCUGGUGAUGUAAAAGUCUAAUAAUGACAUUAUCCAUAUUCCUACAGAUACCUUGCAAUUGGUGAUUCCUUCAAAACGAUUGCCUACAGUUACCGUGUAGGGCACUGCAAGGUUGGGUGACCAGGGCCAUCUGGGACUGCCUCCUAGCGGAAUUCAGGUGUGUGUGUGAAGGCUACCUGUGUCCUGCAUAACUUCAUGAGGAUGGACACGAGGACCAGGAGGGGAUCUGCAGCUCUGCAGGAUUGCUUCCUGUGUGCCAGAGGAGAGGUCUGCUGCUCUGCAGGAUGUUUCAAGGAUGGGGGCCAACAAUGCAGCACGGGAAGCAAUCCGUGUGCGGGAGAUCUUCACCUCCUACUUCUUCGUUGAGGGUGCUGUUCCCUGGCAACACCAUAGACUACACUAUGCACAACCAAAGGCUCUUUUAAGAGCCAUUCACAUUGCAAUAAGAAUAUUCUUCCAUUUACUUCGCUAUGUCAACUGCAGUUAUUCAAUUCCCAGUUUCUCUCCCUUUGAUUUCUACUUCUCAGGUGAGGGUGCUGUUUAGGUAAGGGUGAUGUCUGUACAAAAACAUAACAGGCUCUUUUAAGAGUCACCCAUAUUGAAACAAUUUAGAACAAUUAGACACCCUAUAACCCACACCUACACACUUGUGUAUCAAUCUGAUUGAUGGAUUGUUGUGCAGUAAGCAGGCUCAGGUGUAUAACUGGCUCCUUCCACCUUCAAAGAAUAGGCAAGAGGAUCAACCAUGGAGAAUAGUAAGACACUUCAUUAUUUAUAUAACUACGCUAUAUUGUAGUUCGUCAUGUGUCUGUGCAUGUUUUUCAGUAUAAAGUACUCUGCAGCCACUUAGUGUGGACACCAUGUGAGGCCACACACACACAUUCCUGUUGAACACUGUCUCUUUAACUACCUUAUUUUCUCAAUAACAGUCUCUCUCCUUCACUUCAUCCCUCUCCCCCCUAAAUCCUCUAGGUUAUAUCAGCUGUGUUGGUGAACCCCUCCCCCAUCUGAACUGGCUACAUAGAGGGCACAGCAUGAUCAGAGGUGAGAGGUCACUUGGUCAGGUCAACAGGAAGAAUUAUUAAAGAGAUGCUUUACAUUGGGACUACUACAUCUCUCUGUAUUUCAGAGUUGAUGAUCCAAGGUCAGUUUUGCAUUUCACCUCCUGAUGAUUAUGAUGACUGACAGUGUUAGAAUACAAAAACACAAGGCUUAAUCACGCCAGCUCUCUCUCUCCAUCUGUCUCUCGUCUGCAGGUAUGUUUUGAUGUGAGAGAGGGUGCCAACCCCCAGUCCCGUCAUCGCCAUCUCACCCGCAAUUAAGAUAGCUUUGGUCCCCUAGUUGGCCCGAAGGUUGUUAGGAGACACCGCUAGAGACACUAUUAUGUAAUUGUGAUGAACUGAGAGAAUAUUAGGGUAGCACUGUAAUUCAUUAAUCAUAUGCUGCCUUCCCUGCUCCUCUGUCUUACCUCUCUCCCCCAACUCCUUUCUCACACCUCUCUCCCCACCCUCUCUCACACCUCUCUCCCCCACCCUCCUCACCCUCUCUCCCCCAACCUCUUCUCCCACUCCUCACACCUCUCUCCCCACCAACUCUCUCACACCUCUCUCCCCCAACUCCUCUCUCACACCUCUCUCCCCCAACUCCUCUCUCACACCCUCUCCCCCAACUGCUCUCUCACACCUCUCUCCCCCAACUCCUCUCGCACACCUCUCUCACCACCCCUCUCUCUCCCACCACACACUCUCUCACCCCUCUCCUCCCCUCUCUCCCACCCCUCUCUCUCUUUCACACCUCUCUCCCCAACUCCUCUCUCCCACCUCUCUCCCCAACUCCCUCUCCACACCUCUCUCCCCACCCCUCUCUCACACCUCUCUCCCCACCUCCUCUUUCUCACACCUCUCUCCCCCACCAACCUCUCUCCCCCAACACCUCUCUCACACACCCUCUAACUCUCCUCCACCUCUCUCUCCCCACCACUCUUCUCACCCUCUCUCUCUCACCACCUCUCUCCCACUUUCUCAAACCUCCUCCCCACACUCUCUCUCCCCACCGCCUCUUUCUCACAACCUCUCUCCCCACCGCCUCUUUCUCACACCUCUCUCCCCACCGCCUCUUUCUCACACCUCUCUCCCCACCACCUCUCUCUCAACCACCUCUCUCAACCACCUCUCUCCCCACCUCUUUCUUCCAGAUGUGCAUUGAAGUACAGAUUUAACUUGUAUUUGUAAUAUAAUAUGAAUAUGUACAGUGAGGGGAAAAAAGUAUUUGAUCCCCUGCUGAUUUUGUACGUUUGCCCACUGACAAAGAAAUGAUCAGUCUAUAAUUGUAAUGGUAGGUUUAUUUGAACAGUGAGAGACAGAAUAACAACAACAAAAAUCCAGAAAAACGCAUGUCAAAAAUGUUAUAAAUUGAUUUGCAUUUUAAUGAGGGAAAUAAGUAUUUGACCCCCUCUCAAUCAGAAAGAUUUCUGGCUCCCAGGUGUCUUUUAUACAGGUAACGAGCUGAGAUUAGGAGCACACUCUUAAAGGGAGUGCUCCUAAUCUCAGCGUGUUACCUGUAUAAAAGACACCUGUCCACAGAAGCAAUCAAUCAAUCAGAUUCCAAACUCUCCACCAUGGCCAAGACCAAAGAGCUCUCCAAGGAUGUCAGGGACAAGAUUGUAGACCUACACAAGGCUGGAAUGGGCUACAAGACCAUCGCCAUGCAGCUUGGUGAGAAGGUGACAACAGUUGGUGCGAUUAUUCGCAAAUGGAAGAAACACAAAAUAACUGUCAAUCUCCCUCGGCCUGGGGCUCCAUGCAAGAUCUCACCUUGUGGAGUUGCAAUGAUCAUGAGAACGGUGAGGAAUCAGCCCAGAACUACACAGGAGGAUCUUGUCAAUGAUCUCAAGGCAGCUGGGACCAUAGUCACCAAGAAAACAAUUGGUAACACACUACGCCGUGAAGGACUGAAAUCCUGCAGCACCCGCAAGGUCCCCCUGCUCAAGAAAGCACAUAUACAUGCCCGUCUGAAGUUUGCCAAUGAACAUCUGAAUGAUUCAGAGGAGAACUGGGUGAAAGUGUUGUGGUCAGAUGAGACCAAAAUGGAGCUCUUUGGCAUCAACUCAACCUGCUGUGUUUGGAGGAGGAGGAAUGCUGCCUAUGACCCCAAGAACACCAUCCCCACCGUCAAACAUGGAGGUGGAAACAUUAUGCUUUGGGGGUGUUUUUCUGCUAAGGGGACAGGACAACUUCACCGCAUCAAAGGGACGAUGGACGGGGCCAUGUACCGUCAAAUCUUGGGUGAGAUUAAAAAUGGGUUGUGGAUGGGUAUUCCAGCAUGACAAUGACCCAAAACACACAGCCAAGGAAACAAAGGAGUGGCUCAAGAAGAAGCACAUUAAAGGUCUCCAGACCUUAAUCCCAUAGAAAAUCUGUGGAGGGAGCUGAAGGUUCGAGUUGCCAAACGUCAGCCUCGGAAACCUUAAUGACUUGGAGAAGAUCUGCAAAGAGGAGUGGGACAAAAUCCCUCCUGAGAUAUGUGCAAACCUGGUGGCCAACUAGAAGAAACGUCUGACCUCUGAUUGCCAACAAGGGUUUUGCCACCAAGUACUAAGUCAUGUUUUGCAGAGGGGUCAAAAACGUAUUUCCCUCAUUAAAAUGCAAAUCAAUUUAUAACUUUUUUGACAUGCGUUUUUCUGGAUUUUUUUUGUUGUUAUUCUGUUUCACUGUUCAAAUAAACCUACCAUUUAAAAUUAUAGACUGAUCAUUUCUUUGUCAGUGGGCAAACGUACAAAAUUAGCAGGGGGAUCAAAUAUUUUUUUACCCCUCACUGUAUAAUACAUGUAUUAUGUAUUUAUUACACUUGGAUAAUUAACCUCUUUCAAUAAAGCAUUUCAUAUUCUCUACUGGUUGAAAUUAAGUCUCUCAUUUGAUGAAAUACUACACCUACCCUGUGUCCUCAGAUCAAUGCAGAUGAAGGAAAUUAGAUAGUGAGAUGAACCGGUUUUAGAGUAUUUACAUGAUGCAUAGGAAGUGUACUGUACUGUUUAAAAUAAUAAUAUUUUUCUGUAUAUGAAUUACAAAUCAGCCUCUAACUAGUUAAAUCAUGCGUUCUAGUCUAUUGCAUAGUUACAAUGUAUAACCAUUGAUGUCCCAGGACCAGGAUUGGUAAACACUGUUGAAGUGUAUAAUUGUAAUACAUACGUGCAGACACAGCAUCAUUCAAAGACUGGAUUUUGAUAAUCCUGGUAUUGGAUAUGACUGAAAAAUAAUCUCUCACAGACAUUCAUACCUGAACUACACCUUUAUUUGGUAGAGUACAUGUUCAGUGAAUAUGUUCAAUGUACAGGCUACAAUGUGGGGAUCUUAUGCUUGGUAAUAACUACAUGUAUAUACAACUUGCAUCCUUGGCACAAUAAAGUUAUAUUAUAUUCUACUCAAUCCAUAGGCUUCAUUAAUGCCAUUCAGACUGUUUUGAAGUCGAUACAACCGGCUAUGAUAGCUGAAGUCGAUACAACCGGCUAUGAUAGCGGAGGUUCAUAGCUAGGUUCUGAACUAAUAUUUAUGCCAAACGUUUUAGGGUCCAUACACAGAUCGGCUACAUAGCUAGCUACACAUCCAUAGGCAGACAGGUAUUUUUAUCCUCCACUACGCAAUAAGCAAGAAAAUAGUUAACUAGCUACGUUAUUUCAGCUGCGUAGCUUGGCAAAUAUCAGCAAGACAAGCUUACAAAAUGUAGCAUUCAAUUUGCAGUCAAAAUAUGCAUAAUCGUUUGUCUCUACAUUAACUAACAUAUUCCUCUCAACUGUACAUUCUUUGCAUGUUUCGUUAUGACGUUAUAAUUACUUACAUUUGCUUCCAUCCUAGGGUAUUUUUUGUCAGCCAUCUUUGCUGAAGAAAGUGUCCAGCGUUGGGUCACGUAGCGUCAAAAUCGUAAUGGGAACGAAAGAAAAAAAUAAUCCACUUUGUCCAUGACACCCAACAGAGGCUCAUCAUAACACGUCUCAUAUCGCCGCUGGUGAUUUGCAUAAAGUUGGGAAAUGCAGUACUUUUUCACCGCCUCGCACGCCACGUUCGCGCCGCCCAACGGUCCCCCGCCCACUCCGUUUCUCACCGCUUUCCUUCCAUUGAAAAUGAACGGGAAGCGGUGUUUCAGUUUGGCCGGGCGGCCAGCUCUAGGAAGAGUCUUGGUGGUUCCAAACUUCUUUAAUUUAAGAAUGAUAGAGGCCACUGUGUUCUUGGGGACCUUCAAUGCUGCAUUAAUGUUUUGGUACCCUUCCCCAGAUCUGUACCUCGACACAAUCCUGUCUCAGAGGUCUACUGACAAUUCCUUUGACAUCAUGGCUUGGUUUUUGCUCUGACAUGCACUGUCAACUGUGGGACCUUAUAUAGACAGGUGUGUGCCUUUCCAAAUCAUGUCCAAUCAAUUGAAUUUACCACAGGUGGACUCCAAUCAAGUUGUAGAAACAUCUCAAGGAUGAUAAAUGGAAACAAGAUGCACCUGAGCAAAAUUUCUAGUCUCAUAGCAAAGGGUCUGAAUACUUAUGUAAAUAAGCUAUUUCAGUUUUUUAUUUUGAAAAAAUGUAUACAUUUGCUAAAAUUUCUAAAAACCUGUUUUUUGGUUUGUCAUUAUGGAGUAAUGUGUGUAGGUUGAUGAGGAAAACAAUUAAUUUAAUCCAUUUUAGAAUAAGGAUGUAACGUAACAAAAUGUCAAGGAGUCUGAAUACUUUCCAAAUUUAGUCAUUUAGCAGACACUCUUAUCCAGAGCGACUUACAGUUAGUGAGUGCAUACAUUAUAUAUAUAUUUUCAUACUGCCCCCCCCCCCGUGGGAAUCGAACCCACAACCCUGGCGUUGCAAACGCCAUGCUCUACCAACAUCCCCUGCCGGCCAUUCCCUCCCCUACCCUGGGCGACGCUGGGCCAAUUGUGCGCCGCACCAUGGGUCUCCCGGUCGCGACAGAGCCUGGAUUCAAACCAGGAUUUCUAGUGGCACAGCUAGCACUGCGAUGCAGUGCCUUAGACCACUGUGCCACUCGGGAGGUCAAAUGCACUGUAUAUAUAGUAUCCUAAAGAUUGAUCGAAUUUGUGUGUGUGUGUGUGUGUGUGUCAGGGCUGUCAGUUGAUUACAAAUAUAUAUUAAUACCCAUCCUUUCCGGUCUGCAGUCCUUGACUUGGGCAAAAUAUUUUCUACUGCUUGAGUUCCUGUUCCUCUUAUAAAAUAUUAGCUAAAAAGUACUGUGGAGCUCCUGCACCUAAAUACAAACAGUACCGGCAGUCAACAUGAGGAUCGGCACCUAUUUCAGUCCAAGUCAAGCACUGGCUAUUAGCCAUAGCUCCUCAUAUUCACUGAGGCCCACACGUUGAUGUUACUUUAAUAAAUCAACACAUGAACCCAUACUGCAGUCGGUCUACAGGCCUCUUCAUUCAUAACUUCCUCCGACUGUACCUAGACUAGAUUUUAUACUAGUUCAGUUCUCCCCCUUCUGACCAUUCUGAGAACUACACCACUAUAUCAUAUAUUGUAUAAAGUCAAAUUGUAUUCGGCACAUGCUUCGUAGACAACAGGUGUAGACUAACAAUGAAAUGCUUACUUACAGGUCCUUUUCCAACAAUGCAGAGUUAAAGAUAAGAUUUACAACAACAACAAAAACACAAAAAAAUAAUAGUGACGCAAGGAAUAAAUACACAGUGAAUAACAGGGAGUACCACAACAGUCAAUGUGCAGGGGUACAAGAUAACUGGGGUAGGAGCAGGGACGGCCUGUUCAAUAGGGCGAUAUGGGCGACGCACUGCCAAACGGGAAAAGGAAGGGAUUUUUUUUCUAAUCAAUUAUAUCACGGCAACAGUAGUUAUCAGUGUUGUAAUCUAGACGUCUGAUCUGCCACAGUGCCACACUGCCACUAAAUGUCGAAUCAGGCUAAAGUCGUGCUUCAAAUGGCUCCACCCCCUUUUGGGGCGAUUUCAGUCAGAUUGAAAAUCGCCCAGAACUUCUGUCAUAGACUCCCAUGUAAAAUCUAUUUUUUUCAAAUUUCAGAGCCUUCAAUACAAUCUCAAUGGGUGUCUGUGGGCUUGCACUUACGCGCUUUCGUCAUACGUAACGUAACGUAACCAUGAACGUAACUGAGAAAAGAGUGGAUUGUUUGAAAGAAGUUCCUUUUUGUCGGCGAACAAAUGAAGAUAAAUUGGCAACGAAACAAUUAGGACCUCCCAGACCAAAUUUAAUAAUUCAACAGGUUUCUACUAAAGGGGGGAAGUCCUACACCCGAGGAUUUUCCAAAAAUUGGUACGAACGAAAAAAGACAUUGCCACUCACUCAACUGGAUGACGAGGGAUACAGGCUAGCUGUCCGCCGCCACAACGAUGAGGUUAGUGUUGAUAAUCACAAGUUUACUGGAUGUGGAUAUGGUGUAAUAAAGGCAGUUUAUUCAGAGGUAAAUAUAUCUGGAAUCGCGUUCACGGACCCGUUCGUCAAACUCUUAAAAAUGAACUUGGGCUGGGAAUUGCCAGGAACCUCACGAUAAGAUAUAUGCAUCAGCAUUGCGAGUCUCAUGAUUCUAUACGUAUUGCGAUUCGAUACUGUGAUUUUAUUGCGCACCAUAUGUCUGUUGCAGAGGGAUCAGAAAGCCAUGAGAACGAGUUUUGAUCAGUCAUGGAAAUAAAAGUGCUGAAAACAAAUUGGCUCCCAAUGUGAAAAGAUUGAGAACAAGCUAUGAAGGAACAAUAAUGGUGUUUUGGUGCAGGUACAGCCAACUAGCGCUAAAAUAUUGCGAUAUUGUCAAUACAGUAUAUCGUAAAGUAUCACUAUGUAACUCGAUUUCUUUCACCCCAAUCCCUCAAAUUAACGGUAAAUAACUGAAUUGUUUGCCCCACAUUUAGCUAAGAUGAUUAGCUAGCCAGCUAAAAUGUUUUAGUUAGUUAGCAGUCGCAUCUACAAUAGUUUACUGUCAAUAACAUGUCUCCAAAAAUGACGUGGUGUCUCCAAUUGUGUUGACAUUUUACAAUUGCAAUGCGCAUCCAUGAGUAUCCACUUUCUGUAGCUCAGCUGGUAGAGCAUGGUGCUUGUAACGCCAAGGUAGUGGGUUCGAUCCCCGGGACCACCCAUACACAAAAAUGUAUGCACGCAUGACUGUAAGUCGCUUUGGAUAAAAGCGUCUGCUAAAUGGCUUAUUAUUAUUAUUAUUAUUAUUAUUAUUAUUAUCUGAAGAGAGCCCCGAAACAUUGUGUGCAGACAUUUUAUGCAAUAAAUGAAGUAGGUUCAAUCUAGUAGUUCUGAUCUUCUGAUUGGUCCUGAUGAGUUGGGCGAGGUCCCCUGCAGGCUACUGUCACUGUUGCAUUGGCUCUGAGUCGGGUUCUCUGUCUUCAAAUGUUCAGCCUAAGAGAGGGGAUUUUUGUGUGUGUGUGUGUGUGUGUGUGUGUGUUUAACAGUGAUGAUGUGUGUGUGUGUGUUUAACAGUGAUGAUGUGUGUGUGUGUGUGUGUUUGUGUGUGUGUGUGUCCUCAGAGCAAGAACUCGUGAGUUGGAAGAACUGAGAGGCCUAUGGCGUGGGUGUUGUCCUUGGCCACCUGCUGACAAGGCUGACAAGAUAGGACCCUUUUGUCCAUUGUUAUUGGAUAGGAACAGAACUUAUAACCAGCUCCUGACCUAAAUAGAUCUUAGCACAACAUUUUACUCAACAUAUCAUAUUCCAUAUUCACUAUAACAAAUAUAUUUACUACGACAUUAGCAAGAACCGCCACAUCCUCAGCCGGCUAAUCCAGUGUGUGAAGUUUUGCGGAGUGUUUGAGUUAGCUUUGCGAGGCAAAGAUGAGAGGUAAAGUGACUAGGCAACAGGAUAGACAGACAGUAGCAGAAGCUUAUGUGAUGAGUGUGGAAAUGUGUGUGUGUGUGUGUGUGUUGGGUGUCAGUGUAAGUAUGUGUGACUGUGUUGGUAGAGUCCAGUGUGUGUGCAUAGAGUCAGUACAAAGAGUUAGUGCAAAUAGGGUCAAUGCAGGUAGCCCGGGUAGGCAUUUGAUUAGAUAUUUAGCAUUCUUGUUUAGAAGUCUUAUGGCAUGGGGGUAGAAGCUGUUCAGGGUCCUGUUGGUUCCAGACUUGGUGCAUUGGUACCGCUUGCCGUGCGGUAGCAGAGAGAACAGACUGUGGCUUGGGUGGCUGGAGCCUUUAACAUUUGUUUGGGGCCGUCUUCUGACACUGCCUGGUAUAGAUGUCCUGGAUGGCAGGGAGCUCUGCCCCAGUGAUGUACUGGGCCGUACGCACAUCCUAGAAGUGUGUGUGUGUGUGUGUGUUGUAGUAGUUUUAAGUAGUGUGUAACUGUCUUCAUGCAGGGCUCUCUCAUCUGGUGAGAACACAGCAGGUUGUCACAGCAACCCUUGGAGAAGAUGCAGUUUUAAACUGUGAGCUCAUGAAACCCAAAGACGUGCUGCAAGUCACCUGGCAAAAAAUGACACAAGGACAAAAUGUGAACAUUGGCGUUUUGGUUUCGAAGUCAACCAACUUUUUAAGGGGAAAGUGGAGUUUGAAGACGAGGGUCUGCAGAACUGCUCUAUCAUCAUCAGAGGAGUGUCAAGAGGAGACGAGUCCUGCUACAAGUGUCUGUUUAACACCUUUCCAGAUGGACCUAUCAGUGGAAGAACCUGCCUCCAAGUCAAUGGUAAAAAUCAUAUUACAUUGGGUUAGGGAAGGGGGGGUUAAAGGGGUACUACACUCUAAAGUCUAGUGUAAGUUUGUCGGAUGUUUUCAGACCUUAAACAUAGAUUUCAGCUGAGAUAAGUCCACAUUCUAGACCAUCUGUUUUGAAGAUUCAGCUAUUUGCCAGAUUCCCAAAUCAAUGGAGAAGAUAAGCACCAUGUCAUUUCCAGAUCUGCUGUGCUUCUCUUUUCCAUUCAUUUUGGGUUCAGGCAUAUCAUGUGGAUUCAUCUUAACAUAAGGCUACUUUUGAGGUCUUAAACAAUGUGUAAUAUCCCUUUAAAACAGGAACAAUGUGUAAUAAUCCCUUUUAAAAGAAGAACAAUGGCCUCCAGACAUCAUGGAUCCAUUUGACCAUGUGAUAAAAACAUUAUAGUAUUUACAUUCACUGUGAUCUGUGUCUGUUGUUGUUCUAUAGAGCUGUAUGGACCCUCACUCCUCAUCACACAAACCAACAACAGUCACACCACUCUGUCCUGUUCUGCUACUGGACGACCUGCUCCUAUAGUGACCUGGGACGACACCGACAUUCUCGAAAAUUCCACAAUGGCCAAUGUCACCCAUCCCAAUGGAACUGUCACUGUCACCAUAACUUUCACGCUGGCAGCAUUCAGUCUAGCUGACAAAGACACCAGGAUUGGCUGUAUGGUGUCACUGUUCUCCGGGGGUGUCAUCAAGAACAUUCCAGCUAGAACUCAAGCUCCAUUUGCUGGUGAGAAAUGGUUCUGUACAUGCCUACAGUAACAAUCAACAUGCUGGUGUCAUUCUGAAGUACUGUUUCUGUAUUUUCUGUGCUAGGUCUACCUGAGGUCACUGAUGGUGACAGGAUCAGUGGUAAGUCAUUCAUCUAAUGACCACAACUAAUCUCUGACACUCUUAUCUGUGAAUUGUACCAUUCUCAUCUUGUCCUCUUUGACAGGUAAGACAACAGUGAUUGCUGCAGUGAUGGGUUCUCUGUGUUUCAUUGCUGUGUGCUGUGGAGCUGUGGCACUGUGGUGGUGCAAACUGAGAAAUAAAAUAAGAAGGUAAGUUUUACUGUCUAGAUGACAAAGAGAAAAUACUGUAUUCAUUUGACAUUAAUUGUCAAACUAACAAAAACAAUCUUUAGUCCAAAUCCCACAGCCCAUGACAGAGAACAUGAAGAACUAUCAACAGUCAACCCUCAACAUGAUGACCCUGAAAUCUAGAGGUCUGAUCUAACAGUAAGACACAUAUUCUAAUGAGUUGCAUUUGUUGCUGAAUUGUUGUUCUAAUGUUACUCAUGUCACUUAUAUACUCCAUAAAAAACUAUGUAAAUUACCCUCUUUACACAGAACAAUAUGUUAAAUACCCUCUUUAUAAAGAACAUUAUGUCAAUUACCCUCUUUAUAUGGAUACAUAUGUUAAUUACCCUCUUAUACAGAACAAUAUGUUAUACCAUAUUUAUACAGAAAUCUCCUGAGAGAUCAGAUUAUGUGCAAUGUAGACAGUGAUCUGAAAUAAUUACAAAGAUGUUUAUUUUGAUUGAAUGUUAAAACAUACAAUCUACUUGCAGUGAAGCCGCUCAACAUUUACAUUACAUUCAGUCAUCUGACAGACUCCGAUCCAGAGCGACCCACAGAAGCAACCAGGGUCAACGCCCUGCCCAAGGGCACAUCGCCAGAUCUCCCACAAUUUCAAAACAGGGCCCGAACCAACGACCUAUCAGCCACCGGCCCAAGCGUCCAACCGCCAGGCCACUAGCCCUCCAGCCCUCCAGCCCUCCACAGUACCCCAAGAGCUGCCCCUCAACCAUCCGAGACCCCCCCCCCACAGAAAAACAAACAAACAAUAUAUUUUGUGCAGAUUGCUGAGGAUUUAAAAAAGUUUAAUCCAUUUUAGGAUAAGGCUGUAACAAAAUGUGGAAAAAGUCAAGGGGUCUGAAUACUUUCCGAAGGCUGAUCUUAUUUCCUUAUAAUCUGCUAAACCGUUACAAUUAUAACUGGCUAUACUUAUUUCACCUCUUGCCAUAACUAGAUACUAAAUGUACCAUAAUUAGUCCUUGUAAAGUUACUGCCAUAAGAGGUAUUAUGACGGUCAAGAAUAGAGAUUUCAAAUAGGUUCUAGAAAUAUAUAUUUUUUAUUCCCUUGCCUGUUUGCCUUCGAGCCAAUGCCACAGAUGUUAGAAAAUUGAGUCAAGAUAUUAUGUGUGUAAUUGAUCCAAGUAGGUUGAUGUGUGUGAUAUUGGAUGUGAUUUAGUGACAGUGUGUAUGAUGUCUGGGUAAGAGUAAGAAUAUAAUGUGUGAUGACUAAAUAAAUAAUAACCCAGCCAAUUUGCAUGGUUGAGUGUCUAUGUGCGUAACAUGAAGUGAGUGAUUAUGAAAAAGAGACCCUGCAUUACCAUAGAGACGGCUUCACUACAGUACACAUGUAUCCCCUGCAAUAUGUUAUUAUUCCCCAGCGUCUCUGUUCUGAUAUCUUCCCACUUCUUGUUGUAAACAUAGAUAAACAUACAAAAGAUAGAGAAACAAAAAGGAUAUGAAGUUAUAGAAAAAAUUAUCGAGAAUAGAGAGGAGAGAGGGAGAUCAAGUGUGUCUGUGUCUAUGCGUCCUUAUGUGUAAGCGAGCGUGUGUUCACGUAUCAACUUCAUAGUGUUCAGAUAUUUUGACAGUCCCCAUAAAAAAAAAAUCCGUAUCCUGACGUCCCCGUAAAUUUUAGUACAGCCAUGGUGUUACAGCACUGUCUCGGAAGAGCUGUCCAUCUAUAAAGAGUUGUCCACAAUGAGAAAGGCGCGCUUACCCCUCUCUGUCUGUUUCCUCUGUACAGGAUACAGCCUCUUGCGACGCUCGUUUAUCUCCGGGGGAAAUUGGUCCCUAAAAACUCCCUUCCCCUGCUUUUGAUCAGCUCCUUUUCUUGGUAGUGUUCACAUUUUGGAUGUUAGGUCGGGGACCCUUGGUCUUGUCGCUCCGAGCUCCAAGUCUGUGUACUCGGUGGAAAGCCACCAUGUUUACAGUCUCUAGAGGAAGUUUCAAGGCGGAUUGCAUGAACUCUCUGAUCGCACCCCCUGGAUUAUUGGAUGCGUCAUCAGGAAUCUCAGAAAAUAUUAGAUUUUUACGCAUGUUUCGGGUUUGUAUGUCUAGUACCAACUCCCUCAUCACACUGUUUUCCCUGAGUAGACAAUCCAUGUUGGAAUCGAGUUACCCGGCACUUUUUUUUUUUAAACGCCCCUUUUCUAAUGAAAAUGAAAUACCUAAAAAAGUUUAAACUGUAGCCAUUUAUUUCCCUUUAUAGUUUAUUCACCUCAGCAUGACUUUCAUCCACAUACCCAUUUCUUUCUCCAAAUAUUGCUUUUUUUGUGUCAGCAAUUAGACAUUUUUCUUAGUGGGGGGCUAGUUACCCCCUUGUACCCUAAUAUUACAGCCUACAGAAUGUGGUCAUAAUGUACUUUGUGGUGCGCGUGUGCUGUUGUUUUCUUCUUUCUUCACUUUUAAAAAAUCAAACGCUGUAACAAUGUUGUGAUGUAUGGAACUGUCAGAUAUCUGAUGCUGGCUAAGCUUAAAAAAUUUAAAGUCUUAGAUUCUUCUGCCGCUCGAGACCAGCCAAUGUUGCAAACAAUUGCCACUAGGGUUCGCCUGAAUAUCACACACGACUGUACGCUAUAUUGGUUCACCAGACACUUGACAGUCUCCGUUCUCUGACGCCACUCAUGUAGAGGCAGAACGCAUUACACCCGGUCUGUUCAUCUUUAAGACUUUUGAAACAUGGAUUUGAUAAUCAGUGUAGAAGAUUGUGUUAUUGCAGAGGACGGAAUUCAAUGAUUCUCAUUAUCACUAACUCCAUGCACUGCUCAACGGGUAAGUCGUUUUUAUACCAGUAUUAAUUUGUUAUAGGGCCCAGUUAAAAUAAAACAUUGUGUUAUGUUUAAUAUUUAAUAUGCAUAUAAAUGCGUUCAUAAUAACGUUGUCUAUAUUGCAUUAUCUUCUAAAGGUGGAAGAAGCCUAUAGGGUUAGUCUAUACAUUAUGUCAGUGGUGUAAAGUAGCCAACUUAAGUAAAAAUACUUUAAAGUACUACUUAAGUCGUUUCUUUUGGGUAUCUUUACUUUACUAUUUAUAUUUUUGAUUACUUUUACUCCACUACAUUCCUAAAAAUAUGUACUUUUUACUCCCAUACAUUUACCCUGACAUCAAAAAGUACUGCUGAGGCAGGACAGAAUAAUGGUCCAAUUCAGGCACCUAUCAUUAUAACGCGUUGUCAUCCCUACUGCCUCGGAUCUGGCGGACUCACUAAACACAAAUACUGCGUUUGUCAAUUAUGUCUUAGUGUUGGAGUGUGACCCUGUCUGUCCGUAAAAAAAUGAAAAAAUAAUUCGUGCCUUCUGGUUUGCUGAAUAUAAGGAAUUUGAUGUAUAGCAUUUACUUUUACUCAAGUAUGACACCACUGUACUUAAGUACAUUUAAAACCAGAUACUUUUACUCAAGUAGUAUUUUACUUGGCAACUGUUUAUUAAGGUAUCUUUACGUUUACUCAAGUAAGAUCAUUUAGUACUUUUUCCACCACGGCAUUACGUUUAUAAUAUUGUUAUAACAAUCAAUGUUUAUAUCAUGUUUAUAUAUUUUUGUAUCCCAGUGCAGUUUUUUUUUUAAAUCAAGGAUUAUGACAAAUAUAGCAUCAUAUAGACGUUGUAUGAAAUUGAAAUUGUAUUUUUGUGCAAUUGCCUUUUUUUGACCAGGACCUCAUUCAACUUAUGUGGAUCACCUUUUAGCCUACAUAUUGCUAGUAGGAUUAUCUCAACCAUUUAUAGAAUUAAUAUUGUCAAUGUACCACAUUAUAUGUUCAAUAGACCCCCCCCCCCCCCCCCACCCCUUCUUCUUCCCUUCCAAAACAAAAAAGAACAUGUCCUAUCAUAAUCAAAUGGCCUAAUCAUGGUAUUGCAUGGUAGUGCAUCCGUCAACAGAACAAUUACAGAAAACCCAUAGGUUGGUACAUCAACUGAACAAGCCUUAACAGGCUCCGUACUCCUCAAAUGCCUACACUGAAUCAAGCUAGGUGGUCUCAUCACAUAGAAUGUCUGGACUCCCCAGUCUUUGAUUGGACAUUAGGGAGUCCACACAUCUUGUUACUGAGAACUAAACAAACAGCUGUUGAAAAUGUUACCGCUCUGCACACACCGGCACACUGUUUGGCCCUUGAGGACCAGUGUACUCUGCUUUUCAUAUGUUCCUUUCUUCUGUGAAAGGCCAGGUUUUCCUUUACUCUGUGGCAAUGAGGUUGACUUUGAAGUUUAUUGGCUAUGCCAUACACCCUUUGAUAUGGAAUCAGUCAAACAUGGCCCAGUAAUAAUCUGUGCUAUGAUCCUCAGUGAAACCCAAGUCAGUUUGAUAGAGUGGAGUUUCUGUGUCAUGUUUUUGAAAGAGAUGCAUGAGGGGCAUGAAUUCUGCUACGGGACUGUGUCCUCUUGAAAUACUUGUUGCUAUGUUUACAUUCACUCCAUAUACUAUGUUUUAUUUACGAUAAGAUGUCAGAACUACUUUUUUAAUGUGUAUAGUGGAAAAAGAGAGCAGCUGUUUUAAACUCUGCCCAACAGGGGCAGACGGCAUGUUUUUUCCAGAUGGUUUACAUCGUAAAAGACCCAAUGAACUGCCUAUAAAAGCCUGGUGGGUUAGCUCUGGUCUGGUCGUGUAGCUUAUUUCAAGUGGAGGUUGCCUCUUAAACUGAUCUGAGGUCAGUUUUGCUAUGUACCUCCACUAGAGAAGGGAUAAUCAUUGUGGUUGUGUAAACUGAUCCCAAAUCAGCUCUUAGGGACACCCUCUGCCUGGAGGGCUGUUUCUCCUUGCUUUGUCACAACCUCCCACUGGCUCUCUUAAACAAGUGGAUUUCCCAGCAACGCAGACACAGGAGCUUAACCACAAGUGUUUUUUAUAGCCACUGAACCACGCUUGGCUUGGCUGGCAUACCUCUAAGCCCAUGAUCAGACACAGUGCGUACAGUAGCCCUGAAUCCUAUCGGCUGCUGUACGGUGCUCUUUCAUGGCUAGUACUGGCUGUUAUGGUGGCUCGUCUGUCUUUUAUCAUAGGCUCAUCUUGCGUCGUUCACAGAGUUUUGCUUCUGGUUUGAUUGCACAAACGUGUUUUUUUUUUAGACCGGGGGCUGGUGCAUUGUAGACAUCAAAGCAGCGCAGCAAGCCUUCUGUUUGCCAGGUGAUUAAGACCUAUAAUCUGACAGAGCUGAUGAAUAUGCUGUUGUUGUUCUGUUGAGUCAAUCCCCAUGGCGAUAGCCCCUCAGACCAACAACACUGUUUGUGUCACCUAGCUUGAUAGACCUGGUGCGGUGCAGUGCAAUGCCACUGCAAAUAAGCUCCAAUUGAUAACUGUGCCAUUAUCCAGUUUUGUUUUCAUCCACUAAGCAGUGCUAUAAUGCUAUACAGUACAUCAAAGUUUAUAAUGCAACGUUAUAGGUUAUAAUGCUCUGUUAUAAUGGGUUAUAAGGCUGAAUAGAGGGUUACAAUGUUGAGAGAGUUGUGUCCUCCUCUGGCUCCUGGAUCCAGCUACAGGGGUCUGUCUUCCAGUAAGAUGAGGUUACUACAUCACUGACCGACAACACGUCUCACACACUGGAUCACAGGUGGGGUAAGUAAAUAUCUGAUUUAACUUUAUAUGCUGAAGUUCAUCGUGACUGUUGGGUGUGGCUGUCCCAUGGUGCUAUUUUGAACAGUAUUCAUGUUUUCUAUCAGUAACCUGGAUGCAACACCCAAAGUGAGACUUGGUGCCACUCCUGCAGACCAAGAUGUGUGGAUCUGCCCUGUCUCAGUGGCGGACGCUGUGUCUGCAGUUAUUGGGGAUGGUGGUGUUCAGGAUACAAGGUAGCCAACACUCAACAUACUUCACUACUUUACAGUAGGUUUAGGUGCCAUGUUGAAUCAAAAGUAGUGGAUAUUUCCAGUAGAAAAUGCUAUUCUUCCCUUGCAGUGAGAAAGCAUGUUUGACUUAGUAUGUGGUCGACCACCUUAAAAUUGUUGAAUUGUAUUGAGUUUCAGUGCUUCUCAUUGGUUGACUUCCUGUCAUGUGUCAGGUGAGGUCAUCACCCCCUCCAGCAUGACCGCUGUGGCAGGCCUCCCCUUCACGCUGGGCUGUAACGUCACCAUAGCAACUGGCGACACGGUCAAGCAGGUCCGCUGGCUGAACAAACACAACCAGGUUCUCCUGGCGUACGAGCCGGGCGAGUCGGUCAGAACCACCUCCUCCCACGACGGCGUGGAGCUAACCUCAUCAUCGCACCGCGACGUCAGCGCCAUCACCAUCAAGAGGGCGGGGCCUAACGACGAGGGCUGCUACCGAUGCAUCUUUGACAUCUACCCCAGCGGAGCGCAGGAGGGAAAGACCUGCCUCAGUAUUGAAGGUGAGUUUGGCCUUAGACUAAACAAGUUGGUUUGGUAAACCACGCUCAUGUGGUUGCCUGAGACCUGAAGACUUGCAUUAGCGGCCAGAGGUAAUGCAUAAGCUUUAGCACAGCAUGCUAACACUGUCUUAGGGACCCAGAUUUGAACCCCGGUUAGUCACACUAGCAAGGACUUACAGAUUCCAGGACUAUGGCAUGCAAAGGCUUCCUUCAUUUCUCCUCCUCAAAUACUCUCUCUCCAGCACCAGGUUGCCUUCUUCACAGGGUUGACACAUUCCCAAUGUUUUAAUUUUUCUACAUUCGAAAACAAAGCCUCCUGUGAAUUUGUUUAUUUUUACAAGGCUUGUAGUUCCCAUGUUUUUCUCUGGUGAUUGUGUAAGGUCAUGAAAAGUCAGGAUGUUCACUUGGCCCUGCCGUCCCAGAAUGCAUCAGUUGUGGAUAAUCACAAACAGGAACUGGGUUGAGGUCAGCCACACUCAACAGACCAGGACCCGAUACUUCCUGUAACUAUAAAGACCACAACAGGAGGACCCUUCUAACCCUCUGUCGUAUUACUACCCCAACAGAUACACUAUAUAUACAAAACUAUGUGGACACCCCUUCAAAUUGGUGGAUUUGGCUAUUUCAGCCACACCCAUAUAAAAUUGAGCACACAGCCACAGCCCAACAUUGGCAGUAGAAUGGCCUUACUGAAGAGCUCAGUGACUUUCAACGUGGCACCGUCAUAGGAUGCCACCUUUCCAACAAGUCAAUUCGUCAAAUUUCUGCCCUGCUAGAGCUGCCCCGGUCAACUGUAAGUGCUGUUAUUGUGAAGUGGAAACGUCUAGGAGCAACAACGGCUCAGCCGCGAAGUGGUAGGCCACACAAGCUCACAGAACGGGACCGCCAAGUGCUGAAGCGCGUAGCGCGCAAAAGUCGUCUGUCCUCGGUUGCAACACUCACUACUGAGUUCUAACCUGCCUCUGGAAGCAACGUCAGCACAAUAACUUUUGUCGGGAGCUUCAUGAAAUGGGUUUCCAUGGCCGAGCUGCCGCACACAAGCCUAAGAUCACCAUGCGCAAUGCCAAGCGUCGGCUGGAGUGGUGUAAAGCUCGCCGCCAUUGGACUCUGGAGCAGUGGAAACGCGUGGUGGAGUGGUGAAUCACGCUUCACCAUCUGUAUUUUACAAUAGUUAUCUUUUGUUUGUUUUUAAUCCCAUCCUUCAGCUACCCUCAACCUCUCCCAUAUAUCUCUGACCAUCCAGUGAAGGGAUAGCUUAACGCUACUGCAUACAAUUACAUUCUAUAUGAUUCUGUGCUUCCAACUUCCUGUUUCAGCAUGCAAAUGCCCUCGUGCACAAAGCGAGGUCCAUACAGAAAUGGUUUGUCGAGAUCGGUGUGGAAGAACUUGACUUGCCUGCACAGAGCCCUGACCUCAACCCCAUUGAACACCUUUGGGAUGAAUUGGAACGCCGACUGCGAGCCAGGCCUAAUCGCCCAACAUCAGUGUCUGACCUCACUAAUGCUCUUGUGGCUGAAUUGGAAGCAAGUCCCCGCAGCAAUGUUCCAACAUCUAAUGGAAAGCCUUCCCAGAAGAGUGGAGGCUGUUAUAGCAGCAAAGGGUGGACCAACACCAUAUUAAUUCCCAUGAUUUUUGAAUGAGAUGUUCGACGAGCAGGUGUCCACAUACCUUUGGUCGUGUAGUGUUCGUAAGGUUUUAUAUGGAGCCAAAUUAUUUACAUAUUUAAAUGCCUUGCUGAAAUGUAAGCCUCACUUUGACUCUCUAGGACCAAGAAAGCCUACUACCUCUGUCAUAUCUCUCCAACCCACCACUAUGAAUGUGAUCCUCCCAUUCCAAUGCUCACCUAUUGAUACCUUCCUCUGUCUCCCUGUGUCUGGCCCAGUCAAAGUGGGCAACGAGGGUGAUAAAACAGCCGUCAGCGGGAAGCUGGCCACCAUGUCCUGCUGGUAUGGCCUCCCAGACAGGGUACGCCAGGUCCUGUGGAGGAAGACUGCAGAGCAGGGUGACACGACCAAGGUGGCCUCCUUCGCCAAGCGAGGCCAACCCAGCAUUGAGGAACCUUAUCGGGGACGCACGACCCUGAGCCCCUCCCUGGGAGACACCCAGCUGUCCAUCCGGCCGGUGAGGACGGAGGACGAGGGCUGCUACACCUGUGAGUUCCACACCUACCCAGAAGGCACCAGGAGCGCCACGGCCUGCCUCUUUGUAUAUGGUGUGUAUGGAUGGGGGUUAUUAGGGGUCAUUUGGAAGGUUAUAUUGUUGAAAUUAACUUAUAUCUCAGGCAGUAUAUCUGCUGAGGCUAUUAUUGUGAGGAAAGUUUUAAUUGAUUAUGGUUUUUGCUGGAAUUUCCUGCUCCCAAUCUUCACUGAUAAAGAUUGAUAAAGAUGCGUCUCAAAACCAGUAGCAGUGAUCUACUGCCCAUCCAUUUUAAUAUACAGUGCAUUCGGAAAGUAUUCAGACUACUUGACUUUUUCCACAUUUUGUUACGUUACAGCCUUGUUCUAAAAUGGAUUGAAUAAAAAAAAUCCUCAUCAAUCUACGCACAAUACCCCAUAAUGACAAAGUGAAAACAGGUUUUUAGAAUUUAAAACCGGAAAUAUCACAUUUACGUAAGUAUUCAGACCCUUUGCUGUGAGACUUGAAAUUGAGCUCAGGUGCAUCCUGUUUCCAUUGAUCAUCCUUAUUAUGUAAAUGUAGUAUCCGUUUUUUAUUUUGAAUACAUUUGCAAAAAUAUCUAAACCUGUUUUUGCUUUGUCAUUAUGGGGUAUUGUGUGUAGAUUGAUGAGGAUUAUUAUUUUUUUGGAUCCAUAGAAUAAGGCUGUAAAUUAACAAAAUGUGGAAAAAGUCAAGGGGUCUGAAUACUUUCCGAAUGCACUGUAUGUUAUAUUUAGUUAGUUGGAUAACGUAGCCAUGUGCCCCAGGGUAGUCAGUUGUUGUGCUCAUUGAAGGCCAACCCCGCCCCCUGAGACUGGAGGGGAGGAUGUGUGUUUAUGUCUAUACACUUCAGGUCAUUAAAGGGCCACGUGUAAUCACACUGUAAUCACACUGUAAAUAUCAGACGAUUUCCCGGAUGAUGUUGUCAUAGUAGACAUACUACUGUAAGAGCAGGAAUAGUAGAUAGGAAGGAACUCAUAUAAUAAGAGGAUACACUUCUGUCUGUCUGUGUGUGUUUCCCAGAUAUAGUACAGGAAAGGGAAGAGCUUAAUGUAGCUGGUGGGAGGAGCCAGAGUGGGUCACAAUGCUCUGUGGAGACACUCUACUGUACAGUUAUUAAACCCAGGGCCCUUUAGGGGCGGAAGGCUACUGCACAACCCUGUCCCUGGAGAGAUACCAUCCUGCAGGUUUUCACUCAAACCCUGUCCCUGGAGAGAUACCAUCCUGCAGGUUUUCACUCAAACCCUGUCCCUGGAGAGAUACCAUCCUGCAGGUUUUCACUCAAACCCUGUCCCUGGAGAGAUACCAUCCUGCAGGUUUUCACUCAAACCCUGUCCCUGGAGAGAUACCAUCCUGCAGGUUUUCACUCAAACCCUGUCCCUGGAGAGAUACCAUCCUGCAGGUUUUCACUCCAACCCUGUUCCUGGAGAGCUACCCUCCUGUAGGUUUUCAAAGUUAUGGAAUGGAAGUUAUGGAAUUUGACUUUGACAGAAUGCCUCUUAGAUGCUGUGUGGCUGCCUAUGGACUGAGGGAAGGGUGAUGAUUCUGGAGACAGGAAAGAGGUGAUUAAUUUGGGCUGAGGCCCCUGGGAUGACUGGGCCAUUGUUUUCCCUGGACACAGGCCCUCUGUGUGUGUGUGUGUGUGUGUGUGUGUGUGUGUGUGUGUGAGUGGUGUGUGCCUUUCUCAGUGUGUGUGUUCUGAUCAGUAUGUCUCUGUGUGAGCCCCUAUGCUCCAGACCAGCAGCAGUAAACCCAGGCACCGAUACCCAUCACACUACAUAGAAGUGAUUCUUCCUCCAAUCCUCUGCCUUGUUGUCUGUCGUUCCGUCCUGUUUCCAUGUUGUGCAGUCUGAUAUAGUGAUGUGUCAUUGUGUCAGAUGGAGACUGGAGGGUUGGAGGCCAUGCCCUGUUUCCAUGUUGUGCCGUCUGAUAUAGCGAGGUGUCAUUGUGUCAGAUGGAAAGUUGGGAAACACUGUUGGGGGUACUGGAGGACUAGAGUUGAGAACCACUGUUGGGGGUACUGGAGGACUAGAGUUGAGAACCACUGUUGGGGGUACUGGAGGACUAGAGUUGAGAACCACUGUUGGGGGUACUGGAGGACUAGAGUUGAGAACCACUGUUGGGGGUACUGGAGGACUAGAGUUGAGAACCACUGUUGGGGGUACUGGAGGGCUAGAGUUGAGAACCACUGUUGGGGGUACUGGAGGACUAGAGUUGAGAAACACUGUUGGGGGUACUGGAGGACUAGAGUUGAGAACCACUGCCUUACACUGUAUAUGCUGUCAUUCACCAUAAACAUGAUCUCUCAUCCAUUGUGUGUGAUGUCUCCCUCAGUGCUGCCCAACCCGGAGAUCACCUCCAUGACCUCCAACGGUGUCAUCGAAGCCAACUGCACGGCCGCAGCCCGUCCUGCAGCCCAGAUGGUAUGGAAUGUGGAGGGGGACAACCGGACGCUGGGGCCAUCCGUGUCCUCCUCCUACGACCAGGGGGACGGCACCACACUGGUCACCAGCACCCUCCUCCUCCAGGAAGGCCUGCUCCACGACCUAUCCGUCAAAUGCAUGGUGCACCACCGAGGCCUGGACUCGCCCAUGUCCGUCAACCUCAAUGGUGAGCAGCUCAGAGAAUCACAUUGGGUUAAUAAAGAUUUACAUAUUAUCAGCAAAUCAUUAACACAUGUCUUAUAAAUGAUUUAAUAAUGGUAUAUUAAUGAUGCUUUUUAAAUAAAGUGUUACACAGAUUUGUUGUGCUUAUGAAUACAAGUCUGCUUAACAGCCCUUGCAAUGUGACAGUGCUUGGUUCAAAUAGUAUUUGUUUUAUUUCAAAUACCAUACAUGGAGUGCGAUGGGCAGGGUUUGCACUUUUAGGACUAUUGUAUUGGGUCCAUUCCACCAGGCACGGUCAAUCAAGCCCAGGACCUGGGUCCACUAUUUGAACCCAGGUCUGCAUUGUGGUUCAACAUGUGUAGAGUUGUGUGUUGAAAUCCUGUAUUGUAACACUGUCCUGAUUUUAGUUUUUUGAUUGUUUCCAGUUGCUCUCAGAGGGGGAGUGAUUGUUAGGAAAGCUUCAGUUGAUAUUCUAGUGAGGUGCAAUUUUGGCUCAUUUGAUGUACCAUUAAGUGCUACAGUUUCCAGGAAGUGGAAAACCAAAAAAGCAUCAGGCCUUUUCCACAGUAUGUCUAUCUCUCUUGUUUUGAAGCUCAUAUCAUGAGUUAUGGUCGAAAUAAGGCGUAGCUUAAUGUCCUUGAAGACAAUAAUGUGGUGCUGUGUGGCUCAGUUGGUCAUGGCGCUAGCAACGCCAGGGUCGUGGCUUCGAUUCCCGGGAGGUCAGAUUUGUUUACCAAAAUAUAUACACUCACUGUACUGUAAGCCAUUCUGGAUAAAAGCGCUUGCUAAAUGGUGUGUUAUCAUUAUAACAUCUGAUGGCUUGUCAUAUGUCUGUUGGUAAACGUGUGUGUGUGUGUUGCAGUUGGGCCUGACCUCGCUACUCUCAUCUCAGUAUCCUGUGUGGCAGCCCUGCUCCUGUGCUGCCUGUGUGUGUGCCUCUGCAAGUGCUUCCUGUGCCGAGACGGUGAGUAGCCAAUCAGCUUCUGAUCCAUUUCCUGGUCGAAGAAGUGACACUCCAUGGGGUUAUUUAGUGGGGUGCAACAUUCUCACCUGAACAUGUAACCAAUAGAGUGGACUCGAUUCUCUCGUUCAGAAUAGAGGACCCUGUCCAUUCAAUAUACAGUACAUUGUAGUUCUAUCUGCAAUGUUUCAAAUGUUGUGUCCUACUCAAUACAUUCCCCAAGUGUUUUGUAAAGAGUCACAAAAAGGACAUUGCUGCUACUUUUGUGUAGUCUCCAACACCAUGGAUGUGUUGUUGCCAUGGUGAUGCUAAUAAUACCAGUGUCCUUCAGAGUCCUGGGAACAAGCCUCUUCAGAGCUGACACAGCAGACACAAUGUGACCGGGUUAUGUUAGCCAAGUUAUGAGUGCUUCUCAUAACCCUAGUCAUCUGUCUCCUACUGUGGUUGUUUCAUGUGUUCUUGAUGAAGGGGAGGCUUUUUUUAGCAUCGGAAUGUGAUGUCACAUUCCCUGAGAUCUACGGUCUCUAAAAGCCAACUGUCAAUCUCAGAGUGAAAAGUUAGCGUCUUGCUCCAGGAGUUUGCAUGGUUGGAGCAUGUCGUAUAAACACAAUGUAGAAGGCAGCUCUAACGUUUCAUUUAUUGUGACUCCAUCUUGAUUGCAACAUCCACUGGUGAGAAUGGGAGGGGAGGUUAUGGGUCAAUCACUUGAACUGUAUGGGGAAAAAACUGAACUGUAUGGGAAACUUAAUUUAACAAAUUUCCCCUCUGGGAUUAAUAAAGUAUUAUAUUUUAUCUCAACUAUGAGUUCUAUGGGGUCAAGGCCUCGUCAUCAUAUCCCUAGGUGAUUUUAGUGGACUCUCAGGAUCCCCUCUAGGACUUAGUAGAGAGUAGUAAUGACAGUUGAUAAAACUGUUUUAUCUCUAUGGUAACAAGUAUCUAAAACUGCCACUAUCAGUGUUGUUAAAGAACACUCAGUAACAGUUGGCACAAAGCUUGAUACAAAAACACAACAGUAUGACCUUCAAACUUUACACUAAUGGAAAGUUACCAAAGUUACCAUUCCCCUAAAUCACAAAACCAAUGUCACAAAGGUAAGGAAACAUGACUCAAAAGGAUAACUCUUUGAGAGUGAUGACAUAUUUUAACAUGGAGGUGGGAGGUCCACAGGAAAGUGAAAGGGGACACGCCAGUCCUGUGUCAUCGUCGCUCCAUUGACCCUUGACCUCUAACACUUUUUCCCAUGACCUCUUCAGGGUGGGGUGGUCUGGUGCCAGCAGUGCCAAUGGCAAUAAUAAUAGGACUUCCCAGUCCCCUGGUAGAUACAGGAAAUAAAAUCAAUCACGAUACCGACAACAGUUGCCAUCAAAGUUCGCUUUUUGGUCUGCCAAAGGAGAGAGAUUUCAGGAAUUGCCCGUUUUUUGUUCUGUUAUUUUCAAUUGUGAAAUCCUGGGUGGGCAGUUUCUGGUAGCACUAGUUUCCAUUGGUAUUUACCUGGCAUUAAAGAGGAAAUUGUAUGAGUACUUUCUGGUAGUUCCUUCAAGGAAUUCAACGCAACAGUAUUACUCAGUUUCCUAUUGAGAAAUCCUCGUGCCAUUUUAGCUUGUUAACGUCUCAACAUGUUCAAGAUCACUAAUGAUAGUAAUUUAACCAAUGGGAGGGAAAUGGUUCUAUGGUUACUGUGGUUACUGUUGUCUAUGAUAAGCAGCGGUGGGAGGGGUGAGAGGUGUGUCAACUUAUUCUGAGAGAGGUGUAGUCUGCAAAACACUGCUGCUGAGUCUGGCACUGAGGUGUCAAGAUAAGCCAGGUAGGGUUGUGGAGGAAUUAGAAUGACAGUCCAUGGGUGUUGGCUCUGUUGGCUCAUGGCUAAACCUUAGAAGUGGUGUAGUAUUUUGCAAUAUGGACAGUUUGAUUGAUUUCUCAAUUCUUACAGAUAGGGCAAGACAUUUUUAAAGUUGAUCGGAUUUUGCACUCUUGUAAAGUUAAAGAGACAUUGAACGAACCGUCCAUGGUUUGUUUGCGUACUGCGUAGGUUUAGUCAUUUUUUUGUUUCCUUAGCUGAUGAAAGUGUCCGACUUGAUUCAUAGGUCCUGACCCACUGAGCUUUCAUCACAAUGUUGCUUUUCCUCGUUGCUGUUUUCUUACGCGAUAAGAAAGGCUGGAACAGAUGAGGAAGACCUCUGCCAUGUCGGUAGAUGUGGUGAGGACACAGAUUCACUGGCACUCAUCUCCUCCAAACUGGUAAACACUCUUUCCUGUAGAGUUACUUUUCUCAGACGGGCAGCAAAGGGUCCAAAAGCAACAUCCGGGAGGGCAGAUACAGACAUGUCCUUGUUGGUUCACCCCCUGAAUCAUGAUGUGGAUACAAGACCACGGAUGUGUCCCAAAUGGCACCCUAUUCCCUAUGGGCUCUGGUCAAAAGUAGUGCACCACAUAGGGAAAGGGGUGCCAUUUGGGACGCAAUAUAAGUGUGUGUCUGGGUGCUUCUCACAUCCUAUAAAUUGAAUGAUAAACUCAGCUUGAAUUGCAUUCAGGAUAUUAAAGCACCACUUAGGGGAAUUGAUAUAUAUUGUGCCAGGAUCGUCCUCUGGUCAAGCGAGAGCUACUUCCGCAAUUCCCUGUGAGGUAAUCAUUUACUUUGCACAGCUGUUUCUCAUAAAGUCAUUAUAAGAAAUAUUCAGAUUGGUAAAUAGAAUAUGUGUGAGGAAUGUAACUCGGUAACUCACUAUGACGUAACGUGUACAGAACUUAGGGAUGACAUACUGUCCUUAUGGCAUCCCAGCCAAAUAAACAUCAUUGAGGUAAUUUGGUUAUUUUUACUCAUUUAGUUUGCUUGAAGUGUUGUCUAUGGUUCGUGCUCCUCUCCUCCCCCCCAGAAUAACAGUGAUUGUGCUGGCUGUCCAGUGCUCGUUUCUCAGUAGAAAGAACCUUCUCUAAUCCGGUACUUGGAGCCAGAUUCACACGAGAGGCCAGGAGUAGGGAGGAGAAAGGACCCAAACUCUGACAAACUGCCCAGUGGAUAACAACGCCUCUCUCUUUCUCAAACUGUUCCUGCCGCAUGCUAGCCCGGCCCUCACGCAUUGCAGUGCCCUCAAUGACAUUGUGCAGAGUGCCGUUACUAAUCACUUUGUUGGGUCGAAAGACGGUUUUGAUUAUGACGUUGCUGUGAGGUUGUUGUAUCAAGAGAGGCACCUGCGUCUCUGAUUUGAUAUCAGAUGUAUCUCCCACUGUGUUGUAUUACAGGUCAAACAACUGUAUAUGUCAGCAGCUGAAGUGACAUCAACACGUGCGAUGGAAUGAGAGAUGGCUUCUCUAAUUGAUUUCAUAUCAUUUCAUAAUUGACGAUAACCUUUGUCCCUUUUGAAAAUAUGAUAUUUGUGCGUCAAUCUUUCUGACUCAUCAUUCACGAUUCAUUCAGGAUUAUCCGUAAUCAUGGUAGCGUCCACAUUAAUGUAGAAGUGUUUAGAAACAGAUUCUAUUCUUAUUUACAAUAAAAGUGAUUCCAAAAUUACACAAUACAUUAUUUACCAUUCAUUUCUAUUGGGCACAAAAUUAUCUGAAACACAACCAAAACAAACAGCAAAUGCAUCCAUGUCACGCCUACUCCUGCUCCCGCUCCGGCGCUCGACGUCACCAGUCUACUAACCACCGGUCCUGACAAUCAUCAUUACACACACCUGCUCCCCAUCAUUACACACACCUGGACCUCAUCAUUACACACACCUGCUCCCCAUCAUUACACACACCUGGACCUCAUCAUUACACACACCUGCUCCCCAUCAUUACACACACCUGGACCUCAUCAUCACCUUGAUUACGCUCCCUUUAUUUAACCCUCAGUAGCCUCAGUCUUCAGGCGGUAUUGGUUUGGUCUCGUUCAGUCUGCUUCUCCUGUUUUGUUUAUCUUCAUGAUUCUCAUUAUUAAACUCACCUUCUGCACCUGCUUCCUGACUCCCAGCAAAUACGUCACAAAAUACUGCCUCUUCAAAACAGGAGAACAAAACCAAUACUGCCUGAAGACUGAGGCUACUGAGGGCUAAAUAAUACUGCCUGAAGACUGAGGCUACUGAGGGCUAAAUAAUACUGCCUGAAGACUGAGGCUACUGAGGGCUAAAUAAUACCGCCUGAAGACUGAGGCUACUGAGGGCUAAAUAAAGGGAGCGUAAUCAAGGCGAUGAUGAGGUCCAGGUGUGUGUAAUGAUGGGGAGCAGGUGUGCGUAAUGAUGAUUGUCAGGACCGGUGGUUAGUAGACCGGUGAUGUCGAGUGCCGGAGCGGGGGAAUCACAAAUUUGAUGUAAUGAUUGUGUGCUAGGCAUAUGGGACCAAAUACUAAACUUUUGACUACUUUAAGACACAUACAAGUGAAUUCAUCCCAAUACUUUUGGUCCCCUAAAAUGGGGGGGACUAUGUACAAAAAGUGCUGUAAUUUCUAAAUGGUUCAAACUAUAUAGAUAAAAAACACCGUAAAAUGAAAGCUGACAGUCUGCACUUUAACCUCUUAGGCAUUAUAUGUUUGUGAGAUGGGCCUCACUUGAUAGAGAUGUAGCUAUUCUGGAUGGUGGAGUAGAUUAUUGACAUGCGUGGGGAGAGACUGGGACCAGUGCGGAACCACAAGUGGGUUUCUGUGGUUCUACUGUGGUUCUACUAUAUCAAUGGGCCAAAGUUGUUUCUGUCUGCCUCAAUGACAGCUGGGAAAUAGAACGCAACCCAUAGUCUUGUGGCACGCAGGAGACCCGGUUGGUUGUCAGACAUACUGUUAAAAAGCUUUGUGUGUAUCUUUUGGGAAAAUGAGCUUCAGCCAGUCAUGCAGAAAGUCCAGAUAAGAACUUCUGUUAUUUGAUGAAAGGGAGGUUUACACAGGGCACUUUUAAUCUGCAACACCAGGGAGUAACCAUAUCCUGUCCCGGCACACAAACACACUCAACCGACCUUACCUGGCCAUGAGUGCAGCACUGUCGGCAAAACUCUGAUUGGUUGUGAAAUAGGGAAGAGAGCUACAGGAACAGUCUACGAGAAGAAGGGAAAUAAUAGUUUUAGUUUUAUCACCUUCACAUUAUCUUGACCGUUAAGCAUGGUCAUCUAUCACCAAUCUGGCAACCUGGUUAGAGAUCCUCUGAUUGGAUGGUUAGGAGACACCUGCUGGUGGUUGCCAGUAUAUGUUGAUUUACUUUUCAAGGCAAAGAAAGUAAAAAACAAAAACAGUUGAUGCCUAUUUUGCUGGAAACCCACCAGUGACUAUCCCCCACACUCACAAACGUACACUACUAUGGAAUUUCAGCCAUGCUUUACUUCUAAGUGUGCAUAUGGUCUUUCAGAGCUGGCUGUGUGUUUGGUGGUUUUCUCUGUGUUCCUGGAAACGGGUGGAAUGCGUGUACUGUAGACACCCUCUAUAACACAGGAGGUUGGUGGCACCUUAAUUGGGGAGGACAGGCUCAUGGUAAUGGCUGGAGUGGAGUCAGUGGAAUGGUAUCUAACACAUGGUUUCUAGGUGUUUGAUGCCAUUCCAUUUGCGCCGUUCCGGACAUUAUUAGGAGCCGUUCUCCCCUAUAAUGUGUCUGGACGAGUGUCACGCUUGACCAGAAUGUUAUGAUACUUUUGGCAGGGAACAUUGCAUGAUUUAAUCACUUCCAGGAAGAAUAAUAAGACAAGGUUUGGUCCUGCUCCUUAAGCAAACCAGAGGAAGUCUGUGUGAUUGUAAAGCAAUUCCGAUUAUUCUUUCAAAGACAAAGGUGUCAAUAUCCCACCCUGCAGCAGACUGUGAUCUGUCUCCACAUGAUGCUGACUGCCUGUUUCUGUGAUGAGGACAUUUUAGGGCAGGGUUCCACAACUGGCGGCACGCAGCUGAAUCUAGUUGAUGAUCCCUGUUUUAGGGGGUCAGGAAAAUGGUGUGACUGACUGGCAGGGGACUGGGGACUGUUGUUUUGAGUUGAAAGUGUUGAGUAGAUGAUAGUAGAACUAGCACAAUAAUACCUCAUUUUUGGAUGUGACAAUGAAUUAUCUCUCUCUCUCUCUCUCUCUCUCUCUCUCUCUCUCUCUCUCUCUCUCUCUCUCUCUCUCUCUCUCUCUCUCUCUCUCUCUCUCUCUCUCUCUCACCCUGCAGAUUGAGAUUUGACCUGGAAUGGUGGAAGACGGAGUGUUUUGAUGAGAAGCCAGAGUUCUGAUCAUCCAGCUAGACCUAUAGGCUCCUCAGCACCAUACGCUCCAUGUCUGUUAGAAGGAACAGCUCACUACAGUAUUACACAUCAUCAACAACUGUUUCUCCAGGCCUCAAUGGCUGAACUGGAUUAAACCUUCAUCCCACCAGUGACGAAAACAUAAACAAGACUAAAGCCAUGUUUCUAUUAACAUUAGAUAAAGACACUUAUCAAAAUGUGGCUUUGAAGUUUAGUCUGUCGAGGCUGGUCCCGGAUCUGUUUGUAAGUCCUAUAGUCAUUGUCACGCCAAUGGCUCAACAGAUCUGGGAUCAGGCUACAAAUCGGUCCACUCGAUUAAGAAAAAAGUCUAGGACAAAGGCCCUUAUAACAAAGUGCUGUAAAAGUAGGAGGUUUUUAAAUGAUACAUUCACAAAAACGUUCUAAGUACACACUAUGUAAUGUAUUUCAACAGUUACAGUAUGUUUAAGGACCAGGCUGCUUUUUUGUGUAGGAGUUCUCCUGUUAUUUGUUUUUUUGCUGCUGU